GCCCAGAUAUCUUUACUCUGUUAAUUAGCUUAAAACUACCUUGAGUCAUGUGUAAAUAACUGAUUAAAUUUUCAUGCUUCAGCUCCGUAGGCAGCCUCCUUAAACUGUACAGCUAAGAGUUCAAGCUAGAGUGUUGUGUAUCAACCCUCAAUCUGUCCCUUCUUACCAUUUCUCCAUACACAAUAGAAAGUAGUUUCAUUAGGUUCAAGAGUGACAUAACAAUAGGAAUGAUACAGAUAGUUGAAGCAGAAAUGAAACUAUACCUAGAAAUGUUCUACCUAUGUGAAUUUUGAGUUACACUACCUGAGAGCGAGUCGGAGCUUGAAAAGGAAUGGUUGUCGUGGGAUACAGAGGAAAAGAAACAAGAAGCAAUAGUUUGAUUAAAUGAGCGUAUUUGUUUUCUUUUUGAGAGUUGGUUGAGAAGAUCUGUUCACUAAAAAUGAAGCUACAACCAACUUAGCUUAGCAUAAAUACUGGAAAAGAGAGGAAAUGUUACCUGGCUCUGUCCAAAUGUAAAAAGAAAUGUCCAGGUACUAACACCUCUAAAGCUAAUUUCUCGUAUUUGUUUAAAUGGUACAUAAAACUGAACUAUCAAGAUGACAUAUGUGGUUCACAGUGAAUCAUUUCAUGACUGGGCACAGUGACUUCAUUGAGCCUCUGCUGAUUUCCUGACACCGACAGCAGGACUCCAGGAGGUUUGCUCUCGUUCACAGCAGGCAGAUCCAAUUGUUACUGAAGCAUAAAAGCUGUUUGCCCAUUUCCAGUCUUUAUGCUACGCUAAGCUAAUGUCUUUUAUCACCAGCUUCAUAUUUGAAAGACGGAUUUGUCCCCCCCAAAAAAAUAAUCACAUUUUCAAAAAUGUCAAACUAUUGCUUUUAAAAUGUUUAAUCGAAACGAUGAAUGUUGGUUUGAAAGUUAUCUUUUCUUCCGUGUGAGUGCGUCUAUUUGUCUGAAAAAAGGUACUUCUCAUUUGAAGUAAUGAGAUUUGUGUCGCAGUUGAGGUUAACACUUGUUCAUAUUUCCAGAGAACCUGCUGUAAAUAAUAUUCUUCUCCUGCUAAAACCUUUUUCACCUUUCUAUUUCUCCCACUGUAUAUUUCUAAGCUUGUAAAUAUAAAAAAGAAACUGAGAUGAUGCAGCUUUUUCUCUUCAAGCUCUUGUUUCUGGCUAGAGGAAAAUGACCGCCUCUCAUGCACCUCUCGUCUUUACUGUGAUUGAGGCCUUGGAUAAGCUUUUAGCUCCCGAAGAAUUUCUCUGCAGUUAUCUGUCGCGCCUUUCUCUCCUCCUUUUUGAAAACCACCACGCAGAAGAGGAGGGUGAAGAUAAUUCUGUCUUUUAUUUCUAACAUUAAUGUCUGCCUGUGCGCGCUUCAAGUUAGACUCAAGUCAUCAAGAUACUCCGUAGAGGAUGGCGGGUGGGGGGGGAGACUUUUCAGGUUGGACCACACUCUUGCUCGGCUUCAACAUGUACUGACUUGAAUAAAAUCCAGAGUUUCAAUUCAACUGGGGGGGAGGUAUUUUUAUUUGGUCACUAUUAGUCACUUGAAUUGCGCUGUUUUAGUUUAAUCGCGCUGUAGGGCUGUAUUUUCUGCCUGUUCACCAAGAAACUUUUCAUUAACCUACACAGCUGCUGCCAUUUCCAUUAUUAUUUUGUUUGCGCUUUUUGUGUUUUGUUUUUGUUUUUCUUAACUAGAUAGUUCUGGUAAUUUUCUAGCAGCAGCACCCACAUGUGUUAUCAGAAAGACAUUUGAGCCAGUUAGGAUUGUUUUGAAAAUGGUUUCUUUAAAUAUUUCAGUUUUGGCCCCUCCUUCUGUUUUAUUUCUUUGCUACUUUCAUGCUUUCGCCCCCAAGUCCCCUUGUGCUCACGUGGCUUCACCCAAAAACACUCAAACACGAGUCAGCACGACGUCAGCAGCUUUCUUAUACAGGAGCUGUUGCCGUGAUGCUGCUCUCUGCCCUGCACUGAUGUGGCGUAUCUACACAGUGAGAGGUGCAGGCUGAGUGUUUCUGUCCAAGCCUCAUAUCUCCAGAGUUUGUCUGAUCAUGGAGUGUGUGUGUGUGGUGUCUCCUUUGCUCAUUCACAAGUUGACCUGAAAGUACAGCUUCAUCGACACACUGGGCAUCUGCAGAUGUUCCCAUGUAAAGCUGGUAAACAGAUACAUUAUAAAAAUGUAACAACAAAGAUUAUAUUUGUCACCACACUGUCGGCACAUCCUCUGAGAUCUUUUAUUGAAUGUCACACAAAGUCUGUUACUACUCUGUAAACUGUUAUCUGUCUUCUCUGCAGUCACAAUCCAACUGCUAAUUAUCAAGCCACAUUAGUUUGGUGUGUGCACAGAAAAAUAGAUGAACUGUUAAACCUCUUGAUGCUCACUCAGCACCUUCUGAAGAAUUCUUAAAUUGCUCUUGUAAAUAACAUCUUCACGUUUUCCCCUUAAGACAAGUUUGUUUGAAAAUGACUGAAGAUGUGUGUCUGUGUAUAUUGAGAAGUUGCUAUUACUGCUGUUCUCAUCAAUGAUGCUAUAUCACUGGUCUUCGAGUGUCCAAUCCUUUCUGGUGUGAUGCACACAUUCCGCAGCAGUAUUUUGACACAGUGAAAAUAUGCAUACAUCCUUUUUUUACAGAACACAUGACAGUAUUAUAUAGAAGACUUUUGUUUGUUUGUUUUCUGUUUUAUUAUUAGUGCUUUAACAGGGUGACUUAUCCUCACACAUUUAAUAUAUCUGUAAUUUUGUUUGUGUUACUGACUGUAAGCAGUCGGUGCUCUGUCUAAAUUUGUCAUGGGAGGUAUUUUGCUGUUUUUGACAACUUAUUUUCUCUUGCAAAGACCUCAACUCACUUUUUUCUCUCACUACCUCAAUUUGUGGUUUCCACUAAACAUUUGCACACCACAAUACACACAGUUGAUGGGAAGCCAUAUUUUCUGGGAAUGUAAUUCAAAUUUGUUGCAACACUACUGAUGUCAGUUUUAAACUGCAGCAUUACUCAUUAUCACACAGGCUUUAUUAGCUUAACUUUGCAGCCAUGACCUCGGUCUCACUUUCAAAGAAUAACAAGCAGUGGCUGUGUAGCUACAUCUAAAUGUAGUAUUGAAUUAAUAUGACACAAGGGUGAAUCACCUUAAUGCAUUCAUGCAUCAAGUCAGCUACACUGGACAUGCGGACAUGUUUUAUUGUGGCCUUCAUGCCUGUGUAGUGUUGUUAAUCGUACAUACAAACUGGUGCUUACAUACUUCUGCUGUAUUUGCACCACGAGGCCAAACUACCAGCUCUUCUUUUCAGGCUGAUCUGUUUUCACUUGAAAAGAUGUAGCUGGCUUAUAUUACAAUAUAUUGUAUGUACAUGUGUGUACAUUCAGCUUCAUUUUACUGUGGACAUGGUGACACUAGUCCCAGAUUUUAAAUUCACAAAGGAUUUAUGAAAAGUUGGGCAAAACAGCAGUACAAUGGUCUCGGUUUGGUGGGAUGAAAAUUAAUUGAUAGGCGUCUGAAUACAUGGUAUCAUUGAGAAAAGGGUCUCGUCUCCUUACAUGCAUUCCAUGCACUUUACUAUGAAGAGGGACCAUACAAUUUCUCAGUGUUGUAGCUCCCCCAAGUGGCAUCUCAGUGGUAACUUCAGCUCUUAGGUCAGUGUCCAUUAUGUACAGUCAUACUGUUACUAUGGCACAACCAGACAUGAGCUGUUAACGUGCUCCUGAGUUAUUGCAGAUCAUUUGGAAGAAAUAUGGUUACAAACUUAAUUCAGUUAUUUUAUUGAAAACUUAAAUACUCAAGCAGAUCAGAUUUAGAUGUUAAAUUCCACAUUUGAUUACUUUUGCACUUUGUAAAAGUAUCCAGAGGGGGGGUUUUAAAAUGAGUAAAUUAAUUGAAGGGUGAAGAUGGAUGUCGUAGAUGGUACAUUUAUAAUUGCGUUCAGUUUUUUGUUUUUUUCAAUUAUUGAUCCACAAUCUACCAAUUCCUAGGUUGUGUGCAGCUCUAUCAUGGAGCUCAGGGUCUCCUGUUCUGUGUGUGUGUGUGUUGUGUCUGUGGUCACACGCUAGAGGAUCAGUGAACUACAGACACGGUUCAUGUGGUUGUGUGUGCGCUGUUUGUGUGAAAGUACAUCAUAUUACUCUUCACGUGCACAUCUCGGUAUUCUCGCGAACAGCUGCAGAUGUUUCGCUUUAUCCACAUGUGCAGCUCCUCUGUGGAGGCGCGCUCUUGUCUAGACCGUAAACACUCGGGACCGCGCACGCUGCUUCAUGGCGGCGUCACGGGUUUCCGUCCUGACGUCACCGCUGCUUUCCGACUUCCGGUGUAAUGGCCGCUUGCGGUGGAUGCAAUGUCGGAGAUUUGGAAAUGAACGUGUGUGUGUAGACUUGUGUGUUUGCGUGUGUGAUGGCGGUGACACAGCUGUUACAGCUGUUUGUCUGUCGACCGGCAGCUCGUGCGACACUCCGCGUGCACAGGAGCUGCAGGUGUCGCCAGUUUUAUCGGAGCGACUGCAAGUCUUCGAGUCGCUCAUUGAGAAACGAGGCAUUAAGAAGAGGGUUGAAGCUUCAGAGAAACCCCUCAGCAUUCGAUUGGCUGACGGCCGGACGGUGAAGGGAAAGGCAGGAGUGACCACACCUCUCUUUGUUGCUCAGAGUGUCCGGGUGAAGGGGGCACUGGUGAGUAAGGUGAAUGGGGAGCUGUGGGAGCUUGGACAGCCCCUAGAGGCAGACUGCGAACUACAACUUCUGGGGUUUGACACAGUAGAGGGAAAACAGGCAGCAUGGAGGACAGCAGCGUGUGUCCUUGGCGGCGUGUUGGGGGGGGUCUUUGAUGCCGAGGUUUGCAGAGAAGGAGCAUCAGAGCAUGGGUUUUACUGUGACCAUCUGAAAGAUAACAGUGCCUUGUCUCUAAGUGAUGUGGAGGACAGAUGUAAGGAAGCUGGAGCUCUCAAACUCCCUCUGUCCAGACUUCUGCUGAAUGUAGAAGAGGUGCGAGAGCUCUUCCAGAGCAGUAAUUUGAGACUGCAGCUUGUUGAGGAACAGAUGAAUGGUCCCACCGUCGCAGUAUACAGAUGUGGAGACAGCAUAGGGGUCUGCACCGGCCCCCUCCUCCCACAUACCGGCUUCCUCAAGGCCUUCAAGAUGCUCCAGCUGUCGCCCGUCACCCUGGCCAAUCAGACGGAGUCUUCAGGUUUGAUGCGUCUGUUUGGUGUUGCCUUUCCGGGAGAGAAGGACAAAGCUGAGUGGGAGAAGGAGCAGGAGGAGGCGAGGAGGAGGGACCACAGGCGCAUCGGAACGGACCAGGAGCUGUUCUUCUUCAAUGACGUCAGUCCAGGCAGUUGCUUCUUCCUGCCGAAAGGAGCCCACAUCUACAACAGACUCACUGACUUCAUUAAGAGUGAAUACCAAAGGCGAGGCUUUACCGAGGUCAUGACCCCCACUCUGUACAGCACUGCAUUAUGGGAACGCUCAGGCCACUGGGAGCACUACAGCGAGAACAUGUUUACUGUGACGUCAGAGGGCUCUCAGACCUACGCUCUCAAACCCAUGAACUGCCCUGCACACUGUCUUAUGUUUGAGCAGCGAGUUCGCUCGUGGAGGGAGCUUCCUCUGCGAUGGGCUGAUUUCGGGGCGCUGCAUCGUAAUGAACUCUCCGGCGCACUGGGAGGUCUCACUCGUGUUCGCCGGUUCUGCCAGGAUGAUGCUCACAUCUUCUGCACACCUGAGCAGCUUGAAGAAGAGAUUGUGGCCUGUUUGGACUUUGUGAGGAAUGUAUAUCAAGUGUUUGGGUUUUCUUUCCACUGCCUCCUGUCCACUCGUCCCACACCGUGCCUCGGGGAGCCUGAACAGUGGGACAGUGCUGAGCAGCAGUUAGAGAGGAGUCUGCAGCACUUUGGUGAACGUUGGGAGUUGAAUCCAGGAGACGGAGCCUUCUACGGACCAAAGAUUGACAUUCAGAUCAGAGAUGCCAUUGGCCGACAACACCAGUGUGCCACGAUCCAGUUGGACUUCCAGCUGCCAAUCAGAUUUGAUCUUCAGUAUGUCGGGCGAGACGGACAGUUGCACAGGCCCGUGAUGAUCCACAGAGCGGUGCUGGGAUCCCUGGAGAGGAUGAUCGCUAUACUGGCUGAAAACUUUGGAGGGAAAUGGCCACUGUGGCUGUCUCCGGCGCAGGUCACAGUUAUUCCUGUAGGGGGCAACAAUGCGUCAUACGCCAAGCAGGUGGUCCGGCAGUUUCGUGAGGCUGGCUUCAUGGCUGAUUUCAGUGACGAUGAGGGAGCCACCUUAAAUAAGAAGAUACGCUCGGCUCAGCUGGCUCAGUACAACUACAUAUUUGUGGUGGGUGAUAAGGAGAGUGAGAGCGGAACAGUGAGUGUGAGGAGCAGACGGGGUAAACAGCUUGGGAGGAGGCCAUCAGAGGAGGUGCUGAAGUCCCUCACACAGCUACGAGACACAAGGAGCAACGUAGACGAGUUUUGAGGAAAACGUUCAGGAAAUAAUGAGCCACUGAUGUUAUUAAUGUUUGUUUUACUUGUUAAAGCUGUUGCACUCAAGGUUUGUCUGAAGAUCCGUCUGAAAUUUAUAAUAAAGUCAUAGAACUAAU